AUGGACCCAUAAGACCUGAUUGACAAUUUAAAUGAAGUGCUUUUAGGAGAUUAUUUCUCCUACAUUGAUACUUUAGGCAAGGGAAGUUUUGGCAUCGUUGUUGCUGCUUAUAGUUCAUCAUUGGAUAAAGUAGUAGCCAUUAAAGUAUACUAUGAAUUCAUCUAGAUAACUUAAUACUUUGAAUAGGAAAACGAGUCAUCCUUAUUACAAGAGUGUUCCCAUCCAAAUAUAGUUAAAUUAUAUAAAGUAGACUUUCCAUAUAUUAUAAAAGGUUUUAAUUGCUAAUAAUCGAGUCUAUUUGAUUAUGGAAAAACUGGUAGGAACUACAUUGGAUGUAUUGAUGAAAAGUUCAGUGCUUUCAGAAACCUUAACCAGAAACAUUAUGUUGUAAAUAUUAAAUGCCCUUGUUUUUCUUCACAGAAAAGGAAUUAUUCAUAGAGAUCUCAAGCCAGGUAAGCAUUAAACUAUAAUUCAGAAAAUAUAUUUAUUUGUGAUAACAAUUAUGUAAAAUUGAUAGAUCUGGGAUUGGGCUACUAGAUGUUUUCAAGAGGUUUCAUUGGUUAAUAAGUUGGUACUCCUUAUUACAUUGCUCCAGAAGUCAUUAAUUAAUAAGAAUAGUCCCAAGUAUUAAAUCAAAUAUAUAAUAGUUGGUUGAUAUCUUUUCUUUGGGAAUUAUAUUUUAUCAAAUGAUAAAUAAUUAUCAACAUCCAUUAUGGCAGAAAGGACAAACUAAGAAAGAUUAUUAUAAGGCUAUCUCAUCUGAGUUUUCAAUUUAAUUUCCACCUUAAAUGUCAGAGUAAGGAGAUCAAAUAAUAUGUAUAGGAUGGCUAAAGAUUUUGUGGAGAACACAGUUACAUUCUAAUCAAUUAAUCGGAUGACAGCUUAAUAGUGUCUGGAGCAUCCAUGGAUCUUAGGUGUCUAAAUAAAAUCUCAUCCAAUCACUAAUAGAGAAAUUAAAUUAAGAUAUUAAUUCACUAAAAAUUUUAAUACAGUAAAAUUAAUUAUCAAAGAAAUUAGAUUGUUAAAGCUUUAUGGAUUCUUAAAAUUUUUAAAGAGUAAUGUUCUGAAGAAAUCUAUUAUAUGAAAACUUAAGCAUCUGAUGAAAUUAAUGAGUUAAUAGAUGAGGGUGAAUUACAAGAACCAUUAUCAAGUAGAGUUCAUACUGAAUAAUUAAUUCCAAAUUGGAAUGGCAGAUAAUAUCGUCUACAUCGAAAUACCACUAAGAUUGAAAGGAAACCUUCAAUUAAUUUAAUUAAAACUUCAUCACAUUAAGAUCUAACACAACUAAAAAAUAAAUUUUAAACAUCCAAAAAAGCAUUUAGUAUUAAUUCAAAUAUAUUUAUAUAAGAUUAUGGUCAAGUUGGGAAUAGAUUGAGUGAUAACUUUUUAAUACCAAAGACUAAUAGUUCAAAGAAAAUUUCGUCCCCAAAUUUACUGCCUAUCAUAUCUCCUAGUAAACAUAAAACAUCAAGUUUUAAUUUUAGACAAUUAUGA